ACUGAUGUAGAUGCAAUAUUUGAGUUCUAUAACUGAUGCCACAAGCAAAGGGAGAUAAGUUACCAUUUCUACAAUCAACCAUUUUCAAGACUUUUUCACGUUAUAAUUCCUCCAUUAAUCAGCAAUCUUUUAAGAUUAUAAUUGCUUGCAACUUUACUUCUAGAUUUUUAUUCUUCAAACAUCAUAUCUACAAGUCUUAGCUCAAGUUUUUGCUUUUGAAACAUCAUAUUCAUAUCCCCAUGUCCUAUCCUCUGUUAAUCCAGAUUCCAAAGAGUGUUUCUCUAUCUCCCCCAUUCCGCACCUUUAUCUCUCGCAUUGGCAAUUCGACCUACCAUGCAUACUCCCGACAACGUCAAUUGUCAGAACUCUUUGAAUAUGCUGCAUGUUCUCGGCCUCAUUCGAUCUCAGAUGCCACAACAAGGAUCCGUAAGAACGUUUCCUAUUUCGGGAUCAACUAUCUUACACUGCUCGGUGGCGUGCUUGCUUUCUUUCUACUGUCUCACCCGCUCUCCCUCAUUACUCUCCUACUCCUCCUUUCUGCUUGGAUCUUUUUUUACUUCUUUAAACCAUCUGAACAGCCAUUGAUCAUCUUUGGCCGCACACUAUCUAACAGUGAAAUACUAGCCAUCUUGGUGAGCACCACAAUUGUAGUGAUGUUCUUUACGAGUGUUGCAUCUUUGCUGAUUUAUGCUACACUAAUUAGUGGGGCUAUUGUGUGUCUUCACGGUGCUUUCAGAGAUCCAGCAGAUCUAUUUCUCGACGAACAAGAUGGAGGCUCUUCGUCCAGUUUCUUUUCUAUUGCAAAUGCUGCUUCGAUCACAUCAGCUCAUGCCUCUAUGCGUGAUACUGUUUCCAUAGUCUAAAAUCUGAUUUCAGAUCUCAUUAUCUCAAUGAUUCUCAGUUAUGAGGGUAUUAGUACAUGUAUGCUUCAUUAGAUGUAAGAGUUGUUAUGCAAAACAUCAUUUAUAAAAAAUGAGUUGAGCCAUCAUAUAAUAUUAGGUCACAUUUCUUUCUAUAAUAAUAUCUAAAAUAAUAUAGUAAAAAAAAUAAGGUACAUUCAGAGUACUCAACUAAAAAUCGUUUCCCUGCAUGACAUUCUAAGUCAGAUAUACAUUGUACAGAAAAUAGCAAAGCUCGUAGUCACAAUAUGAGUUCCGUGUUUGACUUCCCUUCAUGACGGGGAAGA